AUGAGCAGGCCAAGAUACUUGACGGACGCGGAGAGAGCCAAAGUGCUCGAAUUUCUGGACAUGAUUCACUACAGUCCUAGAUAUAGCGACGACUCGAACGAAUAUCGACAUGUAAUGUUGCCCAAGGACAUGUUGAAGGUUAUCCCACAGGACUACUUCAACCCAGAAACAGGAACAUUGAGGAUCUUGUUGGAGGAAGAGUGGCGAGGAUUGGGCAUUACCCAGUCCUUAGGAUGGAUGCACUACGAGACACACGCGCCAGAGCCACAUAUACUACUUUUCAAGAGACCCAUCAACUACGAGAGUUAA